AUGAUAUUGACUCAAAAUAUUUCCAGAUCCUUGGUGGCACAUAGUGCUUGUGACAUUGUUCAAUGGUCAGGUAAUCUGCAACUAGCCAUCAAUGGAGAAAAUCAAUUGGUGAUAUUGGAUCCUAAACUUCCAAAUCUACACAAAUCCAUUAUCUCACAAGUGGAGUAUAAUCAUACAAUUGAAAACUUUUCGACCGAUAAGAAUGUUUUGAAUACCGAAGAUAUGUUCUCCCAAAGUUCUAUUUUGCAUACGGAGAAACUCAUCCAGUUGGAUGUCGGGAAAUUCAAUAAGGUGACAUUCAACUCUUCCUCAUCCACAUUUGAGUUCAAUAGAAUAACAGAACCUUGUUUUGUUAAACAUCAAUGGUCUCAGUUGUCUCCAUCGGACAAAAACUGUUAUCUUGGAGUACUAUUAAACACAGGAGAAUUUUUGGUAUUAAAGAGAACAAGCAAGUUCUCGGAUCAAUAUAUAGUGGUGCAUAAUUUCUUUGAUGUACUACUAGAGGUAAACGGUAUAGAAGAUGCUGACGAGAUAACCAUUGAUCACCUGCAAUAUAGGAGUUUGAAGGUCAAAGACUUCAAUUUUGUUCAGGUUUCAAAUUCAUUGCACAUAAGCGUCUUGACAGAAAGUGGUGAAAUUAUAUUCUUCAAGGAUGGACAGGUUGAGUUUUCUAUACCUGCCUCGGCUAGUGCAAUUGCUUACGAAGCAAUUCAGUAUGACGGUAUCACCUACAUUGCCUGGAAAACAAUAGAUAAUGAGGUAUAUGUGUAUGAUUCUACCAGCGGAUCCCGUUUAAUUCUAAUGGCAUCUCGGUUCAAAAUCGGUAAGCUCUUAUGGGACAGCUCCAGGCUAUUUGUCACCAGGUACAGAAAAGUCGCUGUGUAUCAUACAUCUGGAGAUUUUUUCGAUGUGGACAUUGGCGAAGGAAAUAUCGCCAGCAUAGUUCCCCUUGGAGAUAAAGUGAUAAUUGCAUAUGACCAUGGGAAGUUUGAUAUUGUUGACUUGGCUACGAAGACUGUAUCGCCUUGUACAGUUUUGGAAAAGUAUGUGUCUAACCAUUUAUUGAAGUAUCUGCUAAAUGGCGAUGACAACAAGAACUUAAGUACUGACGGGAAUUUCAUAACUGUUGGAGUAAGUCUUAACAAGAAUGGUAUCUUAAGUAUAAUCCACAAGAUUUAUCCCAAGAAUAGCAUCAACUAUAAAAUUUUGAGUAAAAGCAGUUUUACCAUUGGUUUCGUGUCUGUUCUGGAAAUUCUUGAAAUUGAACAGAAUAACACAUUGCAGACAUCUUUGAGCUCCAUUAAUCAGUUUUGGUUCCACAAAUUCAAACAGAUCUUGGUAUUUCCUAAAAAUUUCCAGAUUUCAUCAUCUACCGCAUUUAUCUUUGAACAUUUAACUAAUUUGGAAACUUUAAAGCAGACGCUUCCGAAGAUCAACACGAUUUCAUUGAAGCCCAACAAGGUUAACGAUUUCAAAGAGUACCUAUUUAGGAACUUCACCGCUAAUUCUCAAGUCAUCGGUUAUCAAGCACUUUACAAUUUCAAUAUCGUGUUGAUAAAUGCGAACAACAGUCUAGCAUCCAAAGUCGGGAGAUUAGAUAUUGCUAAUUCAGCGAAACAUCCAAGUGAAAAACUUGAAGAGUUGAACAAAAGAUUAUUAGAGGAACAAGAACUUAUUGAAUUCACAAUAUUUCAAUUCUUGAUCAAAGUGAUAGUCUCUUUCGAUUACCCCAUUAAGAAUGACAUUGAUAAGUUUGUAUUUAUGAACUAUUACUUGCUUCUUAACAAAUCUUUCGAGUUGCCGUUUAACGAUACGGAUAUUACAGUUACCUUGCAAAAUAAGUUUGUUACUGAGUCCUUCACCGUGAGCAAGACGGCGACAUUUUCAAAAUUGAUUCAGUCCAAUUCAGAACAUUAUUGGCCUAGAUGUGAGCUUACUUUACUACCACUCAUUGACGAAGUUAACCUCACUGAUGAGCUUGAAAGAUUCAACUACCUAUUGCGAAAACCAAGUCCUGAUGGGUUGGCUUGCGACCUUCUCAACACAUUGAGCUACUGUAUUAUUACUGGCAAUAAAAUUCACCACAGCUAG